GUAGCAGCAGUAGUAGUAGUACUAGUAGUAGUAGGAGUGGACAUAGUAGUAGUAGUAGUAGUAGUACUCUGUCCCCUGGUUUAACCAGGUUUAUGUUCAGUCAUGGGACAUUUACAGUCCUCAGUCCCCUGGGCUCUCAGACAGAAAAAAACUCCCAGUCCAGGAAUGUGCUUCCUACUCCUUCUCCUCCUCUUCCUCCUCCUCCCUUUCCUGCUCCUCUUCCUCCUGGUCCUGGUCCAACAUGGCCGUGGUCUAACAUGGUCCGGUGUUUGUGUUUCAGUGUUAAACUAUGAGAAUGUGGAGACGGGUUCAGAGACCGAUGAGGACGACAGGACUCUGGUCUCUGAGGAGAACGGCCUCGUUAACGGAGAUGGAGGAGGAGGAAGAGGAGGAGAGAAUGAAGAGCAGGAAGAGGAGGGCAGCCCUUUGGAGGCGUCGCCCCGGGUCGCCCACGCCCCCCUGUCCUACCGGGACCAGGAGGACUCAGAGGGUCCACAGGACCACCAUCAGACCUGGAGACUCGGAGACGACCCCAACAGACACCUGAACGGCAGCGACGACAGGAAAGACGAGUAUGAAGCUGUCGGUCCAGAAGGAAACAGAACAGUCUCUGAACUCGACGACUUCUUCCUGAAACGUAAACAUGAGGACAGAGACGGUCACCCGGCAACCAUCGCAGAGUACCUGCAGCGCAGCGACACCGCCAUCAUUUACCCAGAAGCCCCGGAGGAGGUGACGCGACUGGGAACCCCCGAAGCCGUCGGUCAGGACGAGAGCGAGCACGACCUGCUGUCCGGCUCACCUGACGACUUCUCCCAGCUGCUCACCUGUCCGUACUGCAACCGCGGCUACAAGCGUCUAACGUCUCUGAAGGAACACAUCAAAUACCGGCACGAGAAGAACGAGGAGAGCUUCACCUGUCCGCUGUGUGCCGACGCCUUCGUCCACCGGUCCCAGCUGGAGCGUCACAUGACCACACACAAAGCUGUGACAGACCAGGUAAAACACACCUGUACACAUUAGUAAACUUCAUUUUUUCUUCUUCUUUAAUAAAACGUGUCUCGUUCAUCUCGUUAGUGGCUGUAUUUAAUCAGCUGUUACUUGAACUGAAAGUGGAACCGUUUGGAUUCUAAAUGAGCUAAUAAAGACUUGUAUGUUAUUGAAUUUCUCUUCAUCAUCUAAACACAGUUCAGGGUGUUAAACAGUUAAAUACUAAUCUAAUAAUAAGUUAAGUUAAAGACGUCCUGUCCACGGCUCCUCAUCAACCACAACUCACAUUAGAGUCUCAACCAUUCAAUUCUCUAAUUCCACUGAUCGUAAUGAGAUAAAGAGUUAAACCGUCUCUCUUCAUAGCUGACCCCCCCCCCCCCAGCAGAUGGUCUUUUCUCUGCUGCUUUAAAUAAUCCUAAUCCUUAAAUGACUUCUUUAAGAGCUUAUUUAUUUGUGUCCGUCCUCUGAGUUAAACUGUUAAAGAGACUGUUCCAAUCAUCAUAUUCAUGAUGUCACAUCUGUUGAUUUAUUCACAAUAACUUUUACUUUUUUAUUACAACUUACAAUAAGUGUAUUCAACAUAAGUAUUCAAGAGAACUCCUAGUCACCAGAAGUCAUACGUGCAUCUCCUUUAAACAAGCAUCGAAGAGCAUAUACCAGAGAAAAUGUACAGAAACAAACUAGUAUAAAUACAAUAAGUGCAACAAACUAGUAUGAAUACA